UAGCAACCCGUACUGCGCCUCCAAGGAGGUAUUACUACAUAUCCCAGCGUGCACUGCGCACAGGGUACGUACGUCAUGACGUCACCGGUUACCAAGUAACUGAAGGUUGUAAGAUCUGGAUCAUCAACUGCUGCACUACCGAGAAGGUCUUGGACAUCAGCUGAGGAGACCUGCGUUCAUCCACAAUGCCAGAGGUGAAGUCUAUGUUCCGGGAGGUGCUCCCUAAACAAGGGCAGCUGUGUGUUGAAGAUGUCCCAACCAUGGUGAUGUGCAAACCGAAGCUGUUACCCCUGAAAUCAGUCACCCUCACAAAGCUGGAGAAGAUGCAGCGAGAUGCCCAGGAGACAAUCAGACAGCAGGAAAUGGCUCGGAGCAACCCGGCUGAACCCCAACCCUGACUAAUGCAGCACCAAGACCACUGCAGUCUCCUACACGUCCCCCGCCCCUGCACAUUUUACAGCUGAAGUUUUAGAACUUUGCAUUGUUCUGUACGAUUUUUUAGGUUUUACAUUUAUAUUAAAGACACAUGUCCAUUUCAUAUGUAACAGAAAGCAGGUAGAUGUAUAAUCACUAGUGUUUCCUCUAGUGUCUAUGCCAGUAAUCUCCACGCCAGCUGUUGUAAAAUUGUAUGCUAGGAGUUGUAGUUUUCAAACAGCUGGAGAUCCACGGGUUGAAGAGCGCUGAUCUGGGCCAUAGUCAUGAACCAGCAUGCUUUGGUUGUCCGCAUGGAACAAGCUUUCCUAGUCAAUGGCUUUCAUUUCAGUGAGUGCACCGAGGUCGUAAAUUGCAUUUCUGUUUUAGGAAAUUCCACUUGCCAAGGGAGUGUGCCCCAAGAUGUGACAUGUGAGAUCUGAACUACAUUUAUCAUUCAGCCUGAGCCACUGCAAUACAUUUGGUACAUGUCUAUCCUGCCGUUUAAGCCAUCUACAGGUUUAGUAAAUCUGCCCCAAUAUCGUUCUGGCAGCUGGAAGAUUUAAUGACAAGUCUGAUACAGAGCUCCAAAUCUUCUGCUUCCCUUCACAUAAACCGGUAGCUGACUGGCGCCUCCACUAGGGGGAACCUACUGACGACAGAUUUAUUAAUAUUGUGUUUGUCCCCUUAAAGGGGUUGUCUCAUCUCGGACCAUGAGGGCAUAUUGGUAGGAUAAGCCCCUAUUAGGGACCCGCACCUAUCUCCUAAACGGAGCCCCGCAAAGUGGUGGCUGGAAGACUCUGGUCCGGACAACACCAAGCGCUUUCCCCACAGAAGUGAAUAGGAGUGCACCGCGCAUAACCAGCCAUUGCUCCAAUUCACUUCUAUGAGCCAGACGGAAAUAGCCAAGCCAGCGCUGCGCGCCCUCCACCACUUUCAGGGCUCUGUUCUUGAUAUAGAUGUGGGUCCCACCACUGGGGCUCGCACCUAUCACACAAUGGGGGCAUAUCCUAGAAUUAAAGCUACUUGUGGCAGCCACUGUAGCAUUUUCUCAUCCUCACUUUCCAAGAACCAUCAUUAUUUUUCUGGAGGAUUUGUAUUUUGUACUAACACCAUUUAAAGGGGUAUUCCGGUAAAGUGAC